AUGGAUAAACCUACACCUCGCAUCAACUCUGCCCUGAGAGAAAAGUUUGUUGGGCAAACAGUGCGUGUCACUGGUAAACUUGUCUCGCUCUCUGGUAAUACCGCAGUACUCGAAUCAACAGAUCACGGCCAAAUCUUGGUUCACUUGAAUGGAGAGAGUCAAUGGGGUACAGAUUACAUUGAAGUCAUUGGACAAGUCGAACCUGAUUUCACCCUGAAAGAAUUCAAGACGACUAACUUUGGAAAUGAUUUCGAUCUUGAAUUGGCAAAUAAGGUGGUCGAAUACUCUCAAAAAUGCCCUGAUAUGUUCCUCUGA